AUGAAUAGUUCACAACAACAACAUGAACUAACUACAAUAUACAAUGAAUACUCAACAUACUUCACCAAUUGUUCUUUGAACUUAGACGCCAGAUAUUUAGAUUUAACCACGAAGGAAGGUGACAAAAUAAAAGUUACAGUAAAUAAUCAAGGUUGGUCAAUUAAAAAUUCGAAUAACAUCAUAUAUGAAACUUUUGAAUCAUUAAUGCAAGCCAUAAGUCCAUCAUUUAGGAAUCAGUUUGGAAAUGAGCUAGCCAAUAGAUUAAAUCAAUUACUACAACAACAAGAAUAA